CAAUAUUUCUUAUCAAUUUUCAAAGCGCCCACGUUAUCACCACGUUAUCUGCGAUUGUGUUAUUUUUGUUCAUUAUUAAUAUCAAGAAAGGGCAGUGGAUAUUAUUUUUUUUAAUAUUUUGAUGACGUUAGAUGUUGAACGGUUUCUUAAUUCGUACAGUCCCUCAAGCAGAGAAAAGUUUAUGGUUUGUUGUGGUCAACCUUCUCUCAGUCACAGCGCCAAUUCUUACAUCUCCUCUACAAUCAAAUCUAGCUGGAAGUUUGAAAGGUGCUUACUACUAGGAAUCAAAAGCUAGGAUUUACCUCAUUAUGAUGAGUCCCAACAGCAUUAUUCUCCUGGACAUAGAAGGCACCAUCACUUCAAAACGGUUUGUGACUGACACUCUAUUUCCGUAUGUGCGUCAACACCUCUCAGAGUACUUAACUAGUUAUUGGAAUCAAGAAGAACUAAAAAGAGAUAUCACUGCACUAAAGGAACAGGCAGAAACAGAUAAAAAAACUGGUUUUGCAGACUUUGUCCCUAUCCCAUCUGAAGGAACCAGCGAUGAAGUAAGAGAGGCAGUUAUCCGAAACGUUUUACGUCAGAUGGAUCUGGACAGAAAGACCACAGGUUUGAAAAGUUUGCAAGGACAUAUGUGGAAAUAUGGAUAUGACUCAGGGAAAAUUGUUGGACAUGUAUACUCUGAUGCAUUUGAAGCCAUAAAAAAAUGGGCUGCAGAGAAGAAGAAGAUCAUGAUCUACUCAUCUGGAAGUAUAGAAGCUCAGAAGCUUCUAUUCAGAUUUUCUGAGCAUGGAGAUAUGACACCUUAUUUUUGUGCACAUUUUGAUACAACGAUUGGCUCAAAAAAGGAAAAAACUAGUUAUGAGAGAAUAGCCCGUGAGUGCCAAGCAAGGACAGCUGACUUCACAUUUUACACGGACAGCGUUGAGGAGGCACAUGCAGCAACGAUGGCAGGAAUGAAUGUAAUCCUUGUUCAGAGACCAGAAGAUGAACCAGGCGAUGCAAGUGUAAUACCAGAUGUGAAAAUUAUCCAGAAUUUUAAGGAUGCCUUAUUCAGCUGAUGAAAGGAGGGUUUCUGGAUGCUUUUUUGAAAUAUAAAAUUCCAACAUUUUCAAGUUCACUUAAACUAAAAACUUGUUGUGUUAUUUGGCGAUUUUUAUUCCGUCAUUAUACUUAGCAUUGUUUGCAAGUAUCCUUAAUUGCCCAAGAAUGAAAUUUUCUUAUCAUUCUGGCAACAAAGGGACAGGAAAUUUUACUUAAGAUUUUGUAGAAGAAAUAUGCUGUGAAAGACUGUUUCACCACGGAUGAUGUCUCCAUGUCACCACUGUUCAAAAGGUUACCUUCAUGUCACGAGGAACUCGUCGCCAAAAAAGUUGCCUCAUAUUGAUUUUAUAAGCUAAUCUCAAUUUGUACACUACUUACUUAUUGAAAAAAUGAAAAGACAUUUUUUAUAGUCAAGAACUCCUAAGUAGAUCUCUCAAUUUUUUCAUUUUUCUGUAUUUAUGAUUUUCUAUAAAUAAAAUUAUUGUUUUAUUUGAAAAAAUGAA